AUGGCGGCCCGCGGAGAUCUCGAGUCCCACCGGGAGAAACACCCCGAAGACCUCGUCAACGAGGUUCCCGAGUCAUCAUCCUCGGACUCGGAGGACGACCUCAAGCCUCAUCCCCCGAUGUACUGGAAGAUCAUUGCUGUCAUUCUGAUUUCCUGCAUCAGCUUCGGAUCUUCCUGGAGUUCGGGCAUCACCGGCGCCCUGAAGUCGACGCUCAAGAAGGAGCUUGAUAUCAACAACAAGCAAUUCUCGCUGCUAGAGGCCAGUGAAGAUUUCAUGGUUACCCUGCUCAUUCUCACGAGCGGUAUCGUGACCGACAGAAUCGGUGGCGCCGGUGCCAUGUUGUAUGGUAACAUCAUCUACUCCAUCGGUUCUAUCAUCGUCGCCGCCGCAGCUCAGACCCGCGACUUCAAGCUCAUGAUCGGCGGCCGAGUCAUUCUUGCCCUCGGUGACAUUGCAACCCAGGUUGCCCAGUACAAGGUUUUCAGCUCCUGGUUCUCGCCCAACAAUGGUUUCGCGUCCACUCUCGGCCUGGAACUAGGCAUCAAGAAAAUCGGCGGUUUUGUUGGCAAGUCCUCGGCCAACAUCAUUGCGAAGAACACCGGCAACUUUGCAUGGGUCUUCUGGAUCGCCGUCUUCAUGAACGUCUUUACCAACAUCCUCACCCUCGUCUUCUACCGCUUCAACACCAUCGCCCACAAGAAGUUUGGCAACGUUACGGACCCGGCAACUGGUGAAAAGCUCACCGAGAAGUCCAAGAAGUUUGAAGUCAGGAAGGUACUUGAACUUCCGUGGGUUUUCUGGGCCAUCCUGUCGUUCUCUCUUUUCCAGACCAGCACUGCCAUUGUGUUCUCGCAGAACGCCACGGAAUUGGCUGAGAAGAGAUUCAAGACGGACUCCAUCACUGCUGGUUGGUACUCAGCGACUCUGCAGUACGCUGGCUUCUUUUUGGUUCCCUGCAUUGGCGCCUUCAUUGAUCUCCUAGGCAACCGUAUCACGUUGUUGGCUAUCUGCGGUACCGGAGUCUUCCUAGCUAUGGCGCUUAUCAACUGGGCCACGGAUACCAAAGGAACUGCUGCUGCCUUUGGCAUUUACGCCGUUGCGUUCACUUUGGGCCCUACCACCAUUAUCGACAGUAUCCGUACUUCUAUGUGGCACUCAUCUGUCUUUGGCUCCGCUUACGCUGUCAAGAUUGCCACGAACAACGCCAGCAGGAUGAACAUUAUCGUCCGUGUCAUCACCGGAGCCAUCCAAGAUGCCGACAACGACAGCUACGACCAUGUUGUCAUCGUCUACGCCGUUCUCGCAGCUGCUUCCGUCUUGGUCUCAAUCAUGUUGGGUGUCCUGUCGUGGUGGUCCAUAGAUCUGGGUAAUCUCCAAUGGACUAGGAAGCAGCGUAGGGCUAAUGGCGAGUUGUGGAAUGAGAGAAAGAGGGCUUUCUACGAGGACAAUGGAGCGCGCAACAAGCGUAUCUCUAUGAUUUGUUUUGGGUCUUUGGUUAUGUUGAUUCUGGGAGCUUGGUCGGCGUACUUCUGGGGUGUUGCAACUGGCAACAACUCCUAA